AGUACUGUAUUGGGUCCACAUUGAAACACCCAAACAUUAUCAAGACAAUUGAUAUCAUUCAUGAAAACAACCGAUACUUUGAAAUCAUGGAAUACGCACCCAUUGACUUCUUUGCCGUCGUGAUGAGUGGGAAUAUGUCUCGAUUGGAAAUCAACUGUUGUUUAAAACAAAUAAUCGAGGGUGUGAACUACUUGCAUAAUCUUGGAUUGGCCCAUCGUGAUUUAAAGCUUGAUAAUUGUGUAAUCACCACUGAUGGGAUUUUGAAGAUUAUUGAUUUUGGAAGUGCCGUCAUCUUCAAGUAUCCCUAUGAUCAGUACGGUUCCAAAGAUGCAAUCCACCCAUGCCAUGGUAUUGUUGGGUCUGAUCCUUAUCUUGCUCCAGAAGUUUUGAAAUCACCAAACUCUUAUAACCCACAACCCGUUGAUCUUUGGUCAAUUGCCAUUAUCUAUUGUUGUAUGACUUUAAAGAGAUUUCCUUGGAAGAUCCCCAAUUCCGAAAAGGAUAACAGCUUCAAAUUAUAUUGUAUGGAGGAUGACAACUGGCAUGAUUAUUAUUUAAGUAACGAAUGCCAUAAAUUGUUGUUGCAACAAAGGAAAUUAAAGAAUAUGAUUGUCAGGCUGAACAAAAAGAAGAAGCAAGUGGAGCAAGAACAGGAACAAGAGGAAGAAACCCCAGAACCUAAACCGGAAUCGGAAGAACCAGAAAAACCAACUGAAGAAUCAACAGAAGCAAUGGAUAUAGAUAAAACUCCUUCGAUACAAACGGUGCAAACCGAUACCGAAAUUCUUUCCGAAACUCAAGUCCAAGAAAUUCUCGCUCAACUCAAAGAAAUUGAUGAUAAAUUACAACAAUACGAAGUGACUAAGAAUGAAAUGAAACAGAAAUUUAUAGAUCUGCGUCUGAAGGAUCCAGCCUAUGCCGCUCAAUUACUUGCUGAAGAAGAAGAACGAACCAAACAAGCCGCGAAGCAAGCGGCUAAUCCUGAUGAAAAGAAGAAACCACAACAUAAACAAAUUCAUGGUCCUUAUAGAUUAAUGAGAUUGUUGCCUCAUGCAUCACGUCCAAUAAUAUACAAGAUGCUUCAAGUCGACCCUAAGAAGCGAGCAACAUUGGAGGAAAUAAUGCAAGAUGAUUGGAUUAAAGAAAUUCAAUGUUGUACUUUAAAGAGAGUCGCAAGAAGUGCUGAUAAUAUUGGUGCUAAUUUUGAUGAAGAUGAUGAUGAGCUUUUAAUAAAGGGUACUCCUGAACAUGAACAUACUGUAGUGUUGGAUAAUUAAAGUGAAGCCUUUGCCAAAAAAAAAACAAGGCGAGCUGAAUUUUAAAUAGAGUUAUUUAGAUCAGGAUAUGAAUUAAUUUAUAUACUUUUUGUGCAUUU